GUGAGAUACAGACUACAGAGGAUCCUUCCUUCCACUAGGUUUUGUGCCGAUGCCUUUCCCUCACCUAAAGAAAGCAACGCCCUAGAACCUAGAAAGCCUCCACAUUUUUUCGGCUCAGCAACGCCGCAGAAGAACGAGCUUGGGAUUUGAAAGUUUGAAGCAAUGAUUCACAAAUUUCCUGAGGAAAUCAUACAUGAUAUCCUGUUUAGAUUACCUUCUAAACCGUUGAUCAGAUGCACCUCAGUGUGCAAGCCAUGGAACUCCAUGAUAAAAAAUCCCAGCUUCAUACGAACCCACCUCAACCGUACAAUCAAUCUUAAUAACCAGUUUGGCACCCACCUCCGCCUACUCCACUGUGUUCCUGGACCUUUUCUUUCCACCGACGUCAAUAUUAGCGUAGACAAGCCAAGGGAGGAGCAGUUCUAUUUGCAUUAUGACAACCAUGCUUUUGAUGAGUACUGCAAGCUGGAAUUUCCAAUUUUUCCCAGGGAAGAAAUGCACAAUAAAUUUCUUCGGGUGGUCGGCAUUUGUAAUGGACUGGUGUUCCUUGCUGAUGAUAAGGAUUGUUUAGGCUACACCUUCAUGUUAUGCAACCCGUCUAUGAGAAAGUCAGUGACCGUACCUAAGCCUCAUCUUACCUUCAACACAAUUGGCCCUUAUUAUGCUUGUAUUGGUUUUGGUUUUGACGCUGCGACUAAUGACUACAAGGUUGUGAGACUUAUCACCGAUCAAUGUGUGGAUCCAAAUACUUUUUAUGAGGUUUAUUCACUUGCUGGUGGCUCAUGGAGUGAGCCUCGUUCUUUGGAUCAUGUAUGUGAAGUUAAAGAUCCUCGUAAACCCCAGGCUUUUGUUAAUGGAGCCAUUCAUUGGGAGGCAUGUCGCCGUUUGAAAAAUGGUGAUUAUGAAGAUUUCAUUUUGGCAUAUGACUUGGGCAGCGAUUCAUUUCGUGGGAUAAUGGCACCAAAGGGUUUCCAUAGCUCAUGGACCUCGCAGUUGUCUGUUUCAGGUGACGGGAAAUCCAUUGCUUUGUUUCAGCCUUAUUUGACUAAUACCAAAAAGCGUUGUGUUGAUAUAUGGGUGAUGAAAGAAUAUGGCAAGGAAGAGUCAUGGACCAAAUUGACAACUCUAAGUCGAUCAGGUCCACAAAGAGGAGUUCGCUACAGGCCAUUAUGUUUUACGAAGUGUGGUGAUGUAGUGUUGGUACCAAUUUAUGGUUUUUGGGAGUGUGAAUUACUUUGUCUCGACCUUAUGAGCAAGCAAUUUAAAAAUCUUGGAAUUCAUGGAUAUAUAUAUUACUAUGCUGAAUCUUAUGUUGAGAGCCUCGUCUUACUUGACAAGACCAAUGCAGUUUCUUACUGAGGAGAAGAGCAGGUAAGGUGAUAGCAUUGGUUUUUCUUUGGUUUUCAUUUUCUUCUUGUUUUUAACGCUUAUACCUCCAAACUCCAACUGACUGUGACAUGAUAUGACCAUUAACAAAGUUUGUUAUGCAUUUGUUGCUUGAA